AUGGCUACAAGUGCUUGUUCUACACCGAGUACAUCACCUGGACUUGGACAUUAUGAAGAUAAUUAUCGAAUAAAAUCUAAAGUUAAGAAUCAAAAGUUAACGAUUAAAAUUAAAAAGGAGCCAUCUGUUCCCACAAAAGUGAAAAAGUCAAAGCAUACCAAAUCCAUUUCAUCAGAUGCUAUUGGUGAUAAUAACAAUAAUAACAAUCACAGCACACCUAUGAAAUCCCCACGUCCAUCUUCGAUAGGCAGUGGUGGUGGUGGCGGUGUCUCCAGUCGAGGACGUGGCGGUGUUCGUGGAGGACGUGGUGGUGGUGGUGCUUCUGCAGCUACCACAGGUAGUAGUCGUAAAGGACGACCUAAACUAUCAACUAAAUUAGAACAAGAGGAUAAAGAACAACAACAACAGGAGGGACAUGAUGAACAACGGCAACCGCAACCACCACAACAACCUAAGCAAGAACAAAAGCCUGAACCAGUUGUUAGUUUUCCUCCUCCUCAGAGUAAAUGUGAAUCGCCUGCGAAUACUACUCCAACGACUACGACUACUAAUACUACUGGAUUAUACUGCCUCUGUAAAACUCCUUAUGAUCAAUCAAGAGAAUAUAUUGGAUGUGAUCUAUGCCGUGAUUGGUUUCAUUUUGAAUGUGUCGGCCUGGAUCCAAAAGAUGCGCAUAAAUUGGGUGAUUCAUGGCAUUGUCCUGAUUGUAAACAGGCGGAGUUGAAGGCGAAUGAAAUGUUGUAUUGUGUUUGUCGGACGCCGUAUGAACCGACAAGAGUAUAUAUUGCCUGUGACGGAUGCGAUGAAUGGUAUCAUCCUGAGUGUGUUGGUUUAACACCUGAAGAAGCUGUUAAUCAUGAGGAUACCUAUCUAUGUCCAACAUGUCGUGAAUCAGCCCAGUCUACCACUUCUGCUGACGCUGCUGUGGAUACAACUUCUACUAAAUCCUCCAAAAGUGGUGGUAGAACAAACAAAUCUAAAACAGCAUCCAAUCACGAUAAUAAUAAUAAUAAUGAUAAUAAUGGCAAUACUCUUGAAGAUACGAGUGCUAUUCACCCGGUGACUGGAGCCAAAACUAUUUAUGCUACUCAUCUCAAUACAGAUAGUAUACAAAGAUUAAUUCAUUUAGUUGAUGAAAUUAAGAAACAUAAAAUGUCAUGGCCUUUUGUAACUACUCCAGAUCCACAAAAGUUCCCUAUCGUCAAUACUUUAAAUGCUGCAUUUAAUCUCCCCAAUGUUAUUAUCAAUUUGAAAACAGGUGUAUAUAAAACUCUUGGUGAUUUCUCCUUCGAUAUGAAUCGUCUUUUUACUAAUUCACGUUUAAUCUAUCCAAAAGAUACACCAGAAUUUAAUUGCACAGAGAUUGUUGAAGCAUUAUUUGUUCAAAAAAUGAAACAAUUUAAAGAAACUUUAUAAAAACUUUUGUAUAUAUGAAAUAAAAACAAAAUAAAAUCAAUUUCCCUACAGAAGAAUUCAUGAUGAUGAUGAUGAGACGAAUCUGACAAGAUGAUGAUAACUACAGAUUAUUUACCUAAAUUUACGAUCUCAGAGGAUUCAACUCACUCAACAGUGUUGAUCCUUUCUUCCCAUUGCCAAUAAUUGUAUUUAUUUAUACAUAUACAGAUAUAUAGAUAUAUCAUCAAUGUAUAUUUCUAUCUAUUCCACUGUGUUACCUAAUAAAUAUGAUCAUUAUUUCACUGACUACUUAAUUGAUUUUCAGUAGUUUAAACAGAAAAAUGAAAAAUUUUAUGUACA